AUCGGUAACAGUGGCCGUCAGUGAAAGUCAAGAACCAAAAAACAAGGGAAGAAGAGCACCGGCAAAGAUUCACCCCAGUUGGCUUCGAUCCUGAAUCAACACUAUUUUCCAGUUGAUGGACAAAGCAAAAGCCCCUGAAGUUAAGGAUUCUGUACCGAAACUUUACUCCAAUCCUAAUUCCGAAGCUAAAUAUUACAGCCUCUCGUUUCAGGCAUCGGUAUUAGCUAUUAAGAAGAGAAAGCCUCCCAGCUUGGUGAGCUUGUGUCUUGGAGUUAUUGGCAGACAUUUUGAGGAUAUCCUCGAAGAUCUCACCGACAUAUCUGCUAAUUUUCCCUCCAAUCUGAAGAUGGCCCUUGUGGCAAUUGCAAGAAGGAGAAGGUUAUUGGAUGACAAUGUUAUUGUUGCAUUGGCUGAUAGCUCCUGGGAAAUUCUGGACUUGUCUGGCUCAGAGGUUUCUGAUAUUGGCCUAUUACAAGUGGUUGAAACAUGCAAACAUCUGCAAGCAGUUGAUAUAAGUCGCUGCAGCAAGCUCACGUCAGCUGGUGUAUCAGAACUCUUGCAGAAAUGCCAGUCUCUUGAAAUACUGAGAUGGGGAGGCUGCCCUCGGAGUGAGAACACAGCUCGUAGAUGCUUCGCUUUGUUGAAACCAACACUAGAGCAUGUGGAAGGAGAGUCAUGGGAGGAACUCGAUACCUCAGAAAUAGCGCAUGGUGCGACAUCCUUGCGUUGGCUUUUAUGGCCAAAAAUUGAAAAGGACCAGCUGGAGAGUUUGUCUGACGAAUGCCCACGAAUCAUAGUAAAUCCAAAGCCGUCACCACUGGGUUACAGGGGGGUUGAUGUUCCUAGAGGAGCAAGACUAGACGUAUCAUUAGAUGAUCCCUUUGUUGAAGAUAUCGACCCCAAAACCUGGGCUGUAUCUGGAUUUGUGCCUAGAACAUCAGCAUCAUCAGUUUCAAGCACAGAAGAGUUGCCCGUGGCGGAAAAGUUUAGACUUGCAUUUCUAGAGAGAGAUAAUCGGCUAGCACCAAAGCGAGCAAAGAAUGCAAGACAACAUCAGCGACGUGCAGAAAAGCAGUGGGUAAUGAUGAAUAGUAGGGCAAAAGCACUAGCACUUGCUUCGCUGGCUAGCAAAUCGCUGAACAUUCGGAACUGAAAAUAGAUGUGUACUUCUAUAAACUUGUAUUUCAUCUUUGUCAGCCAAUAGAAAGAGCUUCUGUUUAGCAGCAGUUUGACAGAAGCAAGCAAAUUAUAAGCAAGCCUCACGUCGGUUAACUGGGAAAGCCUUUCUUUGCAACUGCUGUUGAGAGGAAGGCAAAUAUUUCGUGAGCUUCCAACAAAGUAAAACAUACAGUAGUUUCUUUCAGGCAGUGGAAGAGUGUAUUUGGGUCAUCACUGUUGAAAGGAAGGCCACUGUCAAGCGAGCUUUCCUCCCUCUGGUCAAUCCUUUGGUGAGGUCCGUGUAUUAUUCUUGGUAGUCGUUUCCUGCAUGUGUGUACAAUUGUACAUUAUAUUUUUUGCUGCUGAGGAUAAUGAAUUUCAUUUGCUUCCCAUACUAAAUAUUAUUAACAACUUUUUGAGCA